AUGGCUCAUCUAAGAGAAUAUCAGGUUAUUGGCCGUCGUUUGCCUACUGAAUCCGUUCCAGAACCAAAGUUGUUCAGAAUGAGAAUCUUUGCUCCAAAUGAGGUUGUUGCCAAGUCUCGUUACUGGUACUUCUUGCAAAAAUUGCACAAGGUUAAGAGAGCUUCCGGUGAAGUUGUCUCUGUCAACGAGAUCCACGAAGCUCACCCAACCAAGGUUAAGAACUUCAGUGUCUGGGUCAGAUACGACUCCAGAUCCGGUACUCACAACAUGUACAAGGAAAUCAGAGACGUCAGCAGAGUUGCUGCCAUUGAAACUUUGUACCAGGACAUGGCCGCUAGACACAGAGCUAGAUUUAGAUCCAUCCACAUCUUGAAGGUUGCUGAAAUUGAAAAGACCGCUGAUGUCAAGAGACAAUACGUCAGACAAUUCUUGACCAAGGACUUGAAAUUCCCAUUGCCACACAGAGUCCAAAAAUCUGCCAAGACUUUCUCUUACAAGAGACCAUCCACUUUCUACUAA